GGGAUGGCUGACAGAGAUAUUUGUGAAAUGGAAGGAGAUUUCAUAGCAUUCUUCAAUAGCCUUUUGGAGUUGUUCGAGUUUUUUGAGGAGAAAGACAGAUUUACUCAUGAUGACAUUGAAUUUGGCCAGGAAAGAGUAAGAGGAGCAAUUAAUACCCUAUCAUUCAUUGAAUCACAUCCAUCCUUUAGAAACCAGGCAUCACCAGAUUUACAUCAAUCUGUGGAAAUUCUUCUGGAUCAUUUUAGUUAUGUAAGAAAAAUUAUCCAAGACAUUCAAUCUCCUCGAUGCAGUGUCCCAGCAAUUGUGAAUGGUGCAGGGGAGGUCUUGCAUACAGGACAUGUAGGCAGACCUACAGCAUUUAUAAAUGUAGAGCAAGUGAUUUAUUUAUUGAACCAUGGGUUUAAAUAUACGGAAGUCGCCAGGAUCUUUCUAAUUCAUAGAACCACAUUGUGGAGGAGGUUGAAAAAUGAAGUGGAUUUUCAAAGAUACACAGAAAUUGGGGAUGAAGAAUUGUCAACAAUAAUAAAGAACAUAAAAGACCAGCAUCCUCAUAGUGGGGUUUCUUUAGUGAUUGGACAUUUACGGUCAAAUGGCAUAACUGUACAACACAGAAGGAUUCGAAGAGUUUUGAGAGCACUUGAUCCUGUUAAUUCAGCAUUACGGUGGGGUCUGAUGACCUAUAGGAGGGCAUACAGUGUUCCUGGACCAAAUGCACUAUGGCAUAUCGAUGGGCACCACAAACUCAUAAGGUGGAAAAUGGUUACCCAUGGUGGUAUAGAUGGAUUUAGUCGACUUAUUGUUUAUUUAAAGUGUUCCAACAAUAACCUUGCUGAAACUGUGUUAAAUCUGUUUAUGGAAGCUGUUGAAACAUUUUCUUUACCCUCAAGAGUCAGAGGGGAUAAAGGUUCCGAGAAUGUUGAGGUUGCCAGGUAUAUGGAGCAAACCAGAGGAAGAAAUCGUGGCAGCUUUAUUGCAGGAAGGUCCAUACACAAUUCUCGAAUAGAGAGAUUAUGGAGAGAUGUGUUUUACUCUGUAAUUCAAACAUAUUACUCUUUGUUUUAUUAUCUUGAAAGCAUAAGUGAACUAGAUAUGGAAAAUCACAUAGAUAUGCUUUGUCUUCACUAUAUAUUCAUUCCAAGAAUUAAUGUGGCAUUGACAGAGUUCAAAAAUGCAUACAACUGCCAUAGCAUGCGGACUGAGCACCACUGGAGUCCAUAUAAAAUGUGGAUCAAUGGAAUGAUCAACCGUAAUCGGCAAAACUCUGUUGGUAAUUGUGUUUUUGAGUUGAAUGAAGACAUUCCUAUAUCAGAUAUCGAGACCUUUGGAAUAGACCCCCAAGAAGCACCAGACCAUGAAUCAUAUGACGAGGAACUGCAUGAUAAUCAAGAAACAUUUCAAAUGCCUGGUUUGCCAACACAAUUGGAUUUGAUCUUUGAAAGGCUAACAUCAUCAGUAAACCCUCUAGAUUUAAGUGAAAAUCUUGGGAUAGACUUAUUCAGAGCAGCAAAGCAAAAUUUAUACUCUCUUUUAAACCAAGAUGAAUUGUAAAAAUUGAUUACUAUCUCAUUAAUAUGUUUGAAUAUUCUGACCGUGGAUUACACUUGCUUGUCAAGCUUACACUUUAGAAAUAAAACUUUGAACACAACUUUAGCUCCCUUGCUAAUAUAUUCUAGUUUGCUUUGUCCAUUCUGAUGGGAUUUGCACCCAUAUAAAAACUUGGCCAAUUGCAAUUUCAAUCAUCCUAUCAGGAUGUUCAGUUUUACUUUUAAAAUACACCACCUUUUAAGGGAUUACCAAUUGUCCUGGUACUAGUUUAUACAGAUAUAAAUAUGUACCUAAGAGUACACAAUCUAUUGCUGGUACUAAAAUCAUUUACCCAAAUAAACAUGUUCAGGUCAACUGCACCUUGCAGCAUUUUGCAUAUUUCUGUAGAAAAAGUUGACAUCUUGCUUCAUAUUGAAUGCAUGAUGAAAACCUACUUCAGUUAUAAAGAUACAAGCUUAGAUGAAAAUAAGGUUACUCUAAGCUCCUCCAAAAUAUUGUAGAGAAGCAUAAAAUUGUCAAGUGAACAAGUUAGAGUUUUAAAAUGCCUUUAAUGUACUAAAAGUCUUCAUAAACUGUACAAGAAUGUCACAAAAAUAACUAGAAAAACUUCCAUAGGACAUGAAUGCCUCAUCCAAAGAACAUUUCUUAGUAUUGCAACAGUGCAUAAAAAAAUGUACCUUUCUUUUUUAGUCCGAGAUUGAUUCAUCCCAUAUAACAGCUGCAUUAAGUCUCACUGUUUCAAGUUAAUUAUGUCAUUUAGCAAAUUUAUACAUAUUUAAGUAUGUAUGGUAAAAACUCUCGGAGAUGUAUUGAUGUAUGGAGUCUUCUCAAGAACUUAAUAACCUUUAAUACUAAAGAACAAAAUGAGGGUAAUCUUUAUUUUUUAUAAACUAUAUAUAUUGGGUUUAAGUUUUGUGUUCUUGCAUUUUAUUGGUUUGUCAAAUUCCCUCUAAAUAUUCUAGGUUAUUCUGGUCACUCUUUGUCAAGAUAUUUUGCACUCUGCACUUAUAUGCGGGAGCUUGCCUAUUCCCUGAGAAUGGUAUGCUAUUGU